AGAAUUUGCAAAUGGCGGUUCGGGGAUGUCUUGUCUGGCGAUAAAUUUGGCGAUUUGAACCUCAAAAUGAUUGAAUUCCAAGCCAAUCUAAAUCUUGCAUAGCUGAAUAAUGGAAGCAAGGAGCAUGAAGCACUAGCCGAUGAUAACUAGAGCUAGUAGAGCCGGGAAAUUGCAAAGAAACCCCGAUGUUUCGUCAGACGCCAUGUUUAAUCUCACCGAGCAAUUUAAUAUGCAUUCCUGUCAGUAUUGGCCUCGAGACAUCUGCCACGGGUUAAAGUCGCGAUAAAUAUAGGACGGUAACAACUUUGUAGAAUGGACAAUUCGGAAAUACCUCCGCCCUCUACAGGAAUUUCGGAAGUUGCGCGUAAAGAUGGAGAUGAUUUGGAAAACAGCCAGAAACCAAUUAAGCCCGGAAGUAGUUCACGGUCCAGACGAAACCGCGGUAAGGCGGAAAACCACAAAGAAGGUAGAAAAGAGGUAGGAUUUGAGAAGCCUUUCAGUUUCUUAAAAAUAUAGGUAAGGUAACUGAAUUUACUGGACCGUGAUCAGAGAUUACGCGUAUUAAAGGGAAAAAAAAGAAAGAACAGAAUAAGCUUACACUUGCAUUGCGACUACGAACUGGGGCACUUGGAAAAAGAUUAUCCAAUCACAACAUUUUUCAAAAAAAAAAAGAUUCUCAGGGUUUUUUGCAAACAGAUCCAUACAAGUCAUGAAUUUUGAGGGCCAUUUCCUGAGAGGUCAGGUAAGUUCAAACGCUUUUAAAGUUUCAACGGUUGUACCUUGAAUUUUAUUGGUCCAUUUGCAAAAAAAAAGUUCAGAAUCUUUUGUUUUUCAAAAAACGUUUUGAUUAGAUAAUCGUAUUCCAAGUGCCCUGGUUCAAGUAGUUGCACUGUAAAUAGAUGCAAGACUGUCAAAGUAGAAUGCUGAACAAACAUUUUUAAUGAAUGACAGAUGUAAUGUCACUUAACACUGACCUCUUGAGCAGUUCUAGACUUGUGCUGCAUAUGUUUGUGCCCUUUUUUGGCUCAAAGCAUGACAAUGAGCUGUUAUUGCUUCGGCAGGGUCCCAUAGAGUGACCAACAUCAAUUUUCUCCCUACAAUUUCAUUUUAUUUUUUUCAUUUUUUGAGCUAUUUUGAAAAAAUAGCUCAUAUGUCAGUGGUGUGAGCGUAUGUAUCUUUGUGGCUUUGUAUCUUUGUGGCUUUGUAUGUUGGGAUGUUUGUUGCAAGAGCCAAUAAGGUUGAAGGUACUAUGAGUUGAUGCUUAGGAACCAAUGAGACCUUGGCAUCUAUUUAAACAUGGCAUUGGUAAAGGUCGAACAAGGGCACUUUGAGACCGCCAUCUUGAUCCUUCACAAUUUUUUCGUCUCUUAUCACGGGUACAGGUGUUUGGAAGCAUUACAUAAAAUAUCUUCAUGAUUCAAACGCUGUAAACAGUAAUGCAGCUGUUUAGGGUUCAUAUUUUAGUAUGGCUGGAUGCUGCUUCAAGACAUUUGUGACCGAUUCGGCUAUCGCGAACGGUACAACGUACGUAAUUAUGAGUUGUGUUUCACCCGCUUCAAGAUCGUAUAUUUUCACAGCUCUUCCAGUGAAGCAAUAAUUUUUAUUUAGAUAUGGACUUAAAUUUGAAAGUAUGCGGCCUAUAAAAUGUGGUUUUACAAUUUGGAAAGGCAGCUUAUUUUUCUUCAAGCUGUACCGAGUAUUGUUAAUUCUGUAAACAAGCUAAAAAAAUAUUAUUCUCUCGUUUACAAAGUUCAACAGACCUUUUUUUUUUCGUUCCGGCAAAACAAAAAAAUAAUAAUAAGUGAACAACAUGAUACAUCCUUCCUGCAUACUAAGCAUUAUAGUUAUUGAAACGUAUUUUAUUUAGCAAAUUUUGUGCAUGAGUUAUUUUUAUAAUUCUGUUUACCGUGUGAUAAGUCGAAUUCCCUCACGUACGAACAACCAAAGGGGGCAAAGUCCAACACUUUCACGUGCCAGUUGUGUGAUUGUACAUCUCAUGCAGAUUGGCCUUUCACAAUAAUAAUAGUAACUUCAACGUAUGAAGACCUGUUUCGUUUUGUAACCAAUGCCUUAAAAAAGGCUCUUGUCUUUUAAGAAGCAAUAGCUUUUAAAACAUAAAGAAAUAAGUUGUUGGAGUUAAGGACUGUUUCACUGAGUAGAAUCGCACGUGAAAACCGCGUGAAUUGUGAUGAUGCAACCAUCUACCACAAUUAUAAGAAUCCUGGUAUUUCUUAACUACUCGAAUUCGAUGAGUCACAUUUUGGCUUAAGAAACUCCGAGGAAACCUUAGAGUUUUCCUUCUAAUCAGCGUUUCGGUUUGGUGAGUAGAUAUUUAUUUUACUUUAAUAAUCUGUUUAACUCGCACCAAAUGUAACAGGGAAAGGCAGGGGAAAGUGAAUAUAUAGCAUGAGGAUCGACGCAUCUGAGCGUUUCGCGUUUUCAUUUAUAUACGGCAAUACCCAAUGUCGCACAAAAAUCCACUCUACAUUUAGGACGAAAAAGGUAGAUUCAUCACUCUUGGUAAGGUUACACUGAAGCAUUUAAGUUACAAUGAAGCAUUCAAAAUAGCUCAUGCACGUUUAACGUGCCUAUGUUUAUAGUUACACGCAAUCAAGAAAAAUGUUAUGAGAAAGAAAAUGAUCAGCAAAGGAGACGUGCUUUAAUCUUUUGACAAAUUCUUUAGAAUGACCAAAUCAAUUUUCUUCUAGUGAUAUCAAUACACAAUCAAGAGUAAACGUUAUGAGAACUAUUAAAAUGACCACAAAAGGGAAAAUACUUUGAUCUUUUACUAAAUUCUCUCAACCAAUUUUUCUAAGAAUGUAUGGAGAUCAGUCUUGAGAGUUUGUAUGUAAAUAUUGGGACUUCAAGGGUUAAAUUAUCCCUUUAGCUACUAUCUCAACUGGGUUUUUGUUUCAAAUGGUAAGAACCCCUCAGAUGUAUUAAAAGACUUGGAUUCUAAAGAAACUUAGCCUCCCAUGCAGGCAAUUUUAGGGGAGCUCGUUUUUCAUCCCUCCCCACAAACGCCCGCUCAACCAAAAACAAGAUUCCUUUCCCAUUGUUUGAUUUGCGUGGUAAGUGACCAAUCAACAGUUGUGCAAUAAAGUGUUGACAGGCUAAACACAACUAAAACAUGACCCGAGAGUUACCGUUUUCGUUAUUUUCUUUCCUUUGCUAAGGUUAUGCAGUGCAUGGAGUAUUCUAAAAUUUGACUAAAUCUUAUUUUUGCGGCUCAGAAUCUAACAUUUAUUAGAGGAAAGAAAGAUUUCCCAGUGUUUCAUGCAGAUCGAGUAAUUAUCAGAUUACCCUGCAGUCAAGGUCAACUUUCCAGAAUUUGGAAAGUACAAUGUGAUUGGCUAAGCUUGGAAAAGGAAUGUUGUACUCAGUUGAGCAGGCGUUUGUGGGGAGGGACGAAAGACGAGCUCCCCCAAAAACGCCUGUGUGGGAGGCUAAAAGAAACUGUGAUGUCAGAUAAUACUGGGGGAGUGAAAUACAAGCAUUUAGUUUUAUCAACUGAUUUGAUUUAGUAGAUUGGCUACUGUAGGGGGGGGGGGGGGGGGGGACAAAAGGUGGUUUUUUUUUUGCUGCCCCUUCCUGGGGGCAGAUACGUCCCCCACCCCCCCCCUGAGGAAAAAUUUCUCUUAUUAACCCGGUUUUAAAAAAAAAAUUUUUAACAACCACCCCCCCCCGGUCCCCCGGGCGGUUUGACAAAUUUUACACACUUUUUUUAGUUGGUUGUGGUGUAACGGGUAGACGUCAUCGCUAUUAGCGGAGGUGAGCCACCAGAGAAGAGGGGAGGGAAGAAAAAAAAAUAACAUGGAUAUAGAACUACGGGGAGGGGAAAAAAAAUCUGAUUUUGAAUAUACUUAUUUUUUUUGGUUGGGGUGGGGGGGGGGGGGGGGGGGGGGGGGGGGGGUUCAAUAAGGUGAUGUUUUGAUUGCUAGCCCUUCAUCAGGGCAGAUCAGCUUCCCAACUGCCCCAUGAUGACUAAUCUACUUCAUGAACUCAGUUUAUGAAACGAAAUGUUUGCAAGCAUCCCUCAUCCUGGUCUCCUGGACGAUUGGCAAAGUUAAUGCAUCAUGUUAUUGGAUGUAAAUGGUGUCAUAUGCUUUUCAUUAGUACAGGUUAUUGCUGCUGGGAAGGAGUCUCAAAAAACACUUUUUUAUGAUAAAUCAGUACGACGUAGAGUUCAUACUUGUGUGAAAUUUAUCAGCGUGCAAAGAAAUUAGUGUCCGAUAGCCCGGGGCUAGUGGAUUUUGCUAUCGGGCUAGUGAAUUCUGUAAUUAACUUGCCCGACAGGCAAGUGAAUUUUUUUUAGGAAUUCAAAUUACAGAAGAACUGUGAAAUCAAUCUACUCAUCAAAACGUUUUUUGGGCUAGUUGAAAUGAUAUUUGGACUAGUAAAUGUGAGCUUCAGCUUGCCCGAAUGACAAGCUGUAAAAAUGACUUUCUUUGCACCCUGUUCAUAAAGCUGUGUUAUUACUCCUACCAGGGGAGCUUGAAACAAUGUUGUAUUUAAUAUAUCUUUUUUCUAUGGUUUAGACUACUGGAAUAUCAAUAAAUGAGGAUCCAGCAUGUAGAGACCUGUAUCUACAGAUACUAAAGGACUUGGAGUCUCAGCACUUUAUUGUGCAAGCUGAUAUUAAUGUUAAGGUGUGUAGUAGACAGCUCGUAGAACAAUGCUUAUGAAAAGAAAAUAGGCUGCACUCCAGGUUGCAAUCAUUUUGGUUGCCAUGUCCUCUGACGUGGUGACUUAAAUUGUGUCGAGAGUUUGCAAUUAAUUAAGCCAUAUAUGUCCUUCAGUCAGCGUGCAAAGAAAGUAGUGUCUGAUAGCCCAGGGCUAGUCAAUUUUGCUAUCAGGCUAGUGAAUUUUGCUCUUAACUUGCCCGAUGGGCAAGUGAAGUUUUUUGUGGAAUUCAAAUUACAGAAGAACUGUGAAAUCAAUUCUGCUCAUUAAAAUGUUUUUUGGGCUAGUUGAAAUGGCGUUUGGGCUAGUAUAUUCUAGGUUCAGCUUGCCCGAAUGGCAAGCUCUAAAAAUGACUUUCCUUGCAUCCUGCUUCAGUAUAAACUGUGUCAAACUAUAGUGCUUUUGUUAGCUAAGUUUGCGUUCAAGGACUUUCUGAUGUUACAAUGAUGUCUUGAAACAUUUGCAAAAGAUUUUAUUCUGGUCUAGUUAUGGUCCAUUUUGUUUAUGAUAAAUUUACUCGUUCACCCUGUGGCUCUCUGUGAAGAACUAAGGUUUGAAUUAUCAUGUGUGCAGCCAAUUUUGAUAUUAAUAGUAACUGUUAGGCAGCCAUUUUGAUUACUGUGUUAUAUAUCACACAGUGUGGCAGCAGGCUUAAUCACCAUAAGGCCAUUUUGAAAAAUGCUGAGCUUGUAGCAAUCUGGAGUUGACAAAGGAGUGUGUUUAUCAGCAAAGUUAACUUUCUAUGAGAAUCUGUUGAUUGGGGAAGAAAGCAUGACUGUUAUUUCUGUUAACUGGUGUUGCUACUACAAUAAGUUAGAGACAAUAUAAGCCUUAGGGCUUUUGAUAAGAACAAAGAAACUGUCCAUAAUAACAAGAUGUUCCUAUGAAGUGAGUGUUUGUAAUGCUGGGUUUGACUCUAUUUAGGUGGAAUCCAUCAGGAAAUUGUGUAAUUAACCCUUUAUGUCCCAAUGGUGACCAACAUCAAUUUUCUCCUAACGAUAUCCAUACGCUGUCAAGAGAUACAGUUAUGAGAAUUGAUGAAAUGACCACCAAAGUGAAAAUGCAUUGCUUUAACGAAAUGCAUGGAGGUCAGUUUGGAGAAUUUGUAUGGAUAUAUUGGAGCUUAAAGGGUUAAAUUAAUUUUCAGUGGACAAAAACCUUGUACUAGAAUUUUGAAAACCAUAUCCCGUUCUUUUUUACAUUUUUCAAGGAGCUAUAAAUGUAAUAAGUUAUGUGAAAUAACUCCAAAGGAAAGGUUCUUAUGGGAGCCCAAGGAAGUCACAUUUCAAAUUUCACAGGAAUUGAGAAGACACAGGUAAAAUCAUCUUGCAUAAGAUUUCAUUUUGUGAAAUUUGAAGUUUGUUUUCUCUGGCUCCCAUAAGAACUGUCUUUGGAAGGAUUUCAUAUAACUUACUACAUUUUAUAGCCCUUGAAAAGAGUGAAAAAGAAUGCAGUAUGAUUGAAAUUAUUCUGGUACAAGGUUUUUGUUCACUGGAAACAAAAAUACUCAAUUUCCUUAUGGAUUCCGUCUUCAUCUCAUAUGUGGAUAAAAUAUUGAAUAUUACGAAGCAAAGAGCAGUUCUUCAGUUUUAUGGAAAUAUUGUUUCAGGGUUCACCGUUUUACUGUGAGCUUUGUGAAGUGAAACUUGGAAACAUAGAAGAGUGUCAAAAUCAUGCUACGAGGAAGUCACACAAGAAGCUGAAAAAGGUACCGACUUGUUACGCUGCAGAAGAGGUUUCUUAAUCAGAGACACAGGCAGCUCAAAAGAAAAAUUCUGACUUAAAUACUCGCAAACUUAUGACCUUCUGGUUACUAGUCCAGGAAUGCUUUACCACUGACCUAGUACACAAGAGACUUGUGGGAGCUUUGGUCACUAAAAUAGGUUGAUUUAUAGUUCCAUGUAUGAUUCAUUUUAAUCAUUUAAUUAGUAGUUAGAGAGACCUUGCACUGUAAUAACCAAUAAACCUUAUAAUUUUAAAGUGUUAUUCAUUGUUUAAGAGGAAAGGAAAAUUCCAAUAUUAUUCUUUUUUCACUAGUUGAUAGUUUUCCUUACUGGUCAAACAAAGUGAUAACCAAACCGUAACCAUAACUAAGUGCCGUUCCUCAAAUAAAUACCCCUCUCUUCUUCUUAACCCUUUAUGUCCCAAUAGUGUCCAAAAUCAAUUUUGUCCUAACGAUAACCAUAGAUUGUCAAGAGCAAAGUCUACAAGAAUUGAUGAAAUGAUCUUAAAGAGAAAAAUCUUUGAUCUUUUAUCAAAUUCUCUCAACUCAUUCUUUAAGGAAAUGUAUGGAGAUCAGUUUGGAGAAUUUGUAAGUUGAUAUCGGGUCUUAAAGGGUUAAGGCCAAAAUUGUAUUUUUAAGCACGUUUUGGGGAAAAACUGUACUUCAGUCAGUAGAUUUCUUAAAGGUGAUUUAGUUCUCUUUUCUUUAGUCAAAAGGAGAACAUUUGGCACUCUCGCGUGUUUCCCCGCCAUCAGAACCUCAAAUACUAGCUUUGAACAGACUUCUUGAAUCAGUGGUUUUGGAGCGUGGGUUGUGUCCUGUGAGUGAUUUACCAAGGCGGCAAGAAGUUGCAAAGGAUGUCAGUAAAACUGUUUGCUCCACUCAUCCAGGUAAGCCAAAUUCCUCUCCGAGGCCAUCUCAGGACAGGACUGUCAUUAAGUUUUGAAGCAGCCAUAGCAAAUAUAGAUUCACCCAUAACAUCUCACAAAAAUUUAUCGUGCCACCUUUAGCUUUGCACUUUGAUUACCUGUAACAUCAAGUGAUCUCAGCUGUAACAGGUGUUUUGGGUUACAGCCCUUAAUGACAGCUCUGAAUAUGGGGGGAGGGGGUACAUAUGUCUCUCGUCUGAAUUUCAAAAGCGGUCUUUCACAUAUUGAAGAGGAGGCCAUGUCGCUCUCGGUAUUUUACUAUUGUAUUUGUGAUUCUCCUCAUCACUGUCACAGUUUCGACCCAAUUUCAUGUCGUUUGUUGCCUUAUUCAUCUGUCUAGUUUUGUCACUGUUUCAAGGCCAUGUCGCAUUGUCGGAAUUCAACCCUAAUGGCCUCCUCCUUUUUCAAGUUGUAUUUGUUUAACCUUAACUCCAAAACAUUAAGACUUGGUGAUCUAGUUUUCCUCUUAUUGGACUUCAGAUCUAGAGCCUCAGGUGUGAGUCUAAAACUGUGUCAGAAAAUGAAAAUAUGAGGCAACUUUAAGGAAGAAUCUUACUUGAUUGAAUUUUGUAGAUACCCUUUCAAAUUAUCUUUCUUAGUCUCUAGCAGAUUUCUUAGAUAGCUAGUUGGGAGUGCACCAUAUGAAAAGUAAUUUUUUGAAUUUGCCUUCUUAGAAUGCUCAGUUUCUGUUUAUGGUUCAUCACUCACUGGAUUUGGUUUGAAAGAGAGUGACAUCAACCUUGAUCUUGUUAUUCCAGAUGAAGUGAGUACAACAAUGUAGAAGCAUUAAUUUACUUCAAUUAUUUCUUUGACCCCUUAGAGUGCCAUUACCCACACCAGCCUCUGGUAUCAGAGGGAGACUAACAGAGAAAUUCAAUACUGUAGAUAGUUUAAUUUAAACUGCAAGGUAUUUCUUAUUUAUCUUCAAACUUGUUGGGGUGGAUGCAUAUGCACAGUUUACGGGAAGUGAGUGUUAAUAACGACUUGGCCUUAAUUUUCAUUUGAAGGAAAACCAUUUAAUUUUGUACAGUGCAGUGCAAGCAUAAAUAGUUAUCUUAACCCUUUAAGCACUAAGAGUGAUCAGUGUCAAAUUUCUCCUUGUAAUAUCACUGCUUUAUAAAACAGAAAGGUCUUGAGAAUUAAGGACAUGAUCACACAAGAUGAAUCUAAUAUUGAUACUUCAACAAAUUCUCCCCACUACUUCCAUUGAAAACGUAUAGGGAUAACAAAUGAGAAUUUGAAUUUUGAUGUUAGGGUUUAAAGGUUAAUCAAAACCACAUUGUUUUGAUUGUUUUCAGGUCAUGAUACCGCCUGUUUUGUUGUCAAUUUUGGAGUUACUGCAAAAUGAUGGUAAGAUUAGUGAAAAAAAUUACCUUGCCCUUUGCUAUUGCUAGAGCAGAGCCCUUGGGAGCUUGUAAAAGAAGUUCUAUUUUAGUAAUAUCAUUGGGAAAAAAGAAAACCAUCGUAUGUGCGAAUUCUUUUGAAGUUUUUAAGUGUUUAAACUAGUCUUUCUCUUAAUCUCCAAAGAAGUUGACCUUUAAUCUUAUAUAUUACAACUGUAAUUUUUUUUUUCAGAACAUUAUUGUGAUGUGAAAAGUGAAUUUGAUGCCAAGGUGCCACGGAUUUUAUUCAAACAUGUCUCUAGGUUUGUAGACUUCUUUUAAUUUUAGUUAACGUGAUUAUCAUUUAUCGGUUAAAAAAAUAUUUUCUUGAAUUUGAAAAACUGAGUCAUUUUGAUACUUUUGCUCGAUAUAACUAGUGCCAUGUUGAUGUUUGCACUACAAAACUGUAUUUAUAAACAUGAUAAUUAAAUCAAAGGAUGUGGAGAUAAUUUUAUAGUAACUGAAAUGAUUUUCUGUAGUUCAUGGUGUUGUGGACAAGUGUGUUGACCAAAAGACACUCAACAAUACUCACUUCACAAAGCAAAACAAUAGCUAACCAACACCAAUAAACCUUUUCUCCUUUCACAGCGGACUUGAUUGUGAACUUAGCCCUGGAAAUGUAACAGUAAGUUUCUUUGUUAUUCAUUGCUUUUUUCAGCAUUGAACUAAAAAUAACUUUUGUUUGUAUUGACGUGAAUUUCAAUAUUAUGCUCUUUAUGUUCUGGGGACCAAAUUAGACAGUAUCAGUCCCCUUUUUCCCGAUGUGCUAAAUUCAGGGUUGUCACUAAGAUUUCAAGUUGCCUGGUAAAUACAACAAGUAGGCGGGGAAUCAAACAGCUAGGGAUUUCUUUUCGUUCUCACGGCUUAUUAGCAUGUUAUCGCUAGAGGUCUUACCAACUUCAUCAAACCCAAGAUGAAAUAAAGAGUCCUUCAUUCAUUCAUUCAUUUUGGUUAUAUUUUUCUUCUAUUUUCCUUUGAAAGUAGCUGGGGAAAGUCCCCGGCCCCCGGCUCUUUGACAAAGGGUUAGCAAUUGAAUUUCUGUACGUCUCUUUAACUGAAGUUUUAUUUUCCCUCUGCAGGCUUCCAACACGAGUCGUUUGUUAAAAAUGUACGCUGAUUUGGAUCCUCGUGUUAGGACUCUUGUAGUGGGACUGCGGCAUUGGGCGAGGGUAAGUCAGUGAAGAGUCUACUUACAAGUGAAAAGUAAAAAUAGAAUGAACAGUUUUAAUACUUUCUUGCAACAACCUCGGACAAAACCUGUUGCGACACGUUACAAAACUACCUGUUUUUCGGUCAUCUUGAUUAAAAUGCACAUUGUUGCCAACUGAAGUGCCGUUCUCCGGGGGCGACAUGGCUCUGGUUUCGGGCGAUAUAACUUUGGGCGAGAUGACUUUCUGGCGACUUGACCGGUUGCCGAUGGGGAAAAUCUAGAGGCGUACUUUGUUUUGUUUAGAGAAGAUGGCAACAUGACGCAAAAUAAAAUAGAUGAAACUGUCUCAACGGUUUUGUCCGAGGUCGUAGUUAAAUUUCAAAAGCUGUCAACAAAACGUAUAGGCUUUUAUCUUCUAAGGAACAUUAAGGAUCGCAUCUUAUCGCAACCGUAAACUUAAGGGUGAAAAGUGAUGAAUGUGAGACAUUGUAUGGGUAAGUGAGUACUGAUAGAGCAUGGUGCUGUUCUCAUUGUAGUUAUGUAGCAUUGAUUGUCAAUCAGAAGGGGGUCUACCCGGAUACUCUUUAGCUCUGAUGGUUAUUCACUUCUUACAAGAGGUUAAGCCACCAGUAUUGCCAAGAUGCAAUCCAACUGAGGUAAGAGUCAUGCAGUCAAAACUUUUCUUUCUAGCCAGCCUUGCAAUGGAACGCCUCUCUAUUACGGACAGUUCUCUUAUCUUUAAAAUAGAGACCUCUAUUAGAUUCUAAGACGAGGAAGACUAUGUGGAGGGGAUUUUCUCAAUACUAAGUAGUGCACGCACGUUAAUGGGCGUCAUUUUGGCUGGAAAACGUGAUAGCAGUCGUCAUUCUACUGCGGGUUUUUAAAACCCCCAGUAGAAUCACUAAUAGUGAGAAUGACUAUUCUUUGCCGUCACCGCAUGACUAGGCCGGAGAUAAAAUUUUCUCAUGCGGCGUUUCGUUGAGGACGUCGACACAGGACGACAAAUCUUCUAUCACUUUCAAAACUUGCAUGUGGUCCUUAAGAAUUCACCUACAGGAAAAUUCGUCUCGAUUUGUCAAGCAAACAAUUAAUUUUGUGUAUUAUGGGUAAUGUGUAAAUGGCUAAUUGCAAGUCCAGCGCUCUCACCGCUCGCGGGCCUCGCGGGCUCCAGUUAAACUCUGUAAGACACAAGAGUGACCAACUUCAAUUUUCUCUUAAAAAUAUCAAUACAUACUCAAGAGAAACGGUUAUGAGAAUUAAUAAAAUGAUCGCUAAAGAAACAAAUUUUCUUCGCUAGAGAGCUUUAGGUUCCGAAACGAGGACGACUGCGAGUACGAGACUUUCUCAUUAGGCUGAUUUAGUAACAGAACGGGAACGUCAUUUGACGACCGGAAAGCGCGCGGAAAGGACUAAACUCGACUUCCGGUGCCCAUUUUGCUGCUCUGCCAUUGGUCAAGCCAGUUGUUUGAUUUGCGCGCGCCGUCGUCAAAUGACGUUCCCGUUCUGUUGCUAAAUCAGCCCAAUACCAAGUAGUGCACGCGUGAACCAGCGUCAUUUUGGCGGGAAAAUGUGGUAGCCGUCGUCAUUCUACUACGAGUUUUAUCAAGAAUGUCGUAGUGGCGGGAGCAAGUUAUCAAAUGUAAGAAGUUCUAUCAUUUUGCUAUCGGGAGAGGGCAUGACCUCCUUCAGUAUAAACAACCGUUCUAACAUUUUUGGUGAAAAAAAGGUAAAAUGAAGCUUUCCGGGGUGUCUUUUUUAGAACACGCGAAAAAACUUAAUCUCGUACGCGUACUCAUUCUCGUCUUGAAAUCUAAAGCUCCCCACUUAUUCUACAAGAAAUGCAUGGAGGUCAGUCGGGAGAAUUUGUAUUUAGAUAUUGCUACUUAAAAAGUUAAGCGACGUUUUUGUUGCCUUUGCCGGUCGUGGUUAAUUGAGCUCCCUAAUGUGGAUUCAGGCACGAGGUCCUGUACCUUAAGUGUAGUUAUUAAGAGGAUUUUGAUUCACGGCAUUGAUUUGCAGAUGGUAGAUAAGCCGUGUUCAAAGGAAGACUUUUUAACUGAAAACGUAGAUGAGAUUGGAAGUUUGUGGUUUCAGCUGUUUAGGUAGGUGCAAAUACUUUUCAUAAAUACUGAAAUUUAGGAGAUUGAGUAUGGUGGUCUCUUUCGGAGUGACACAGGCAAAAAGGAAAAAUGUCCCGAGUCAUAACUUAGGAAAUAUAGGAACGUCCCGGAUAUCACGAAUAGCAACCGGAAAUUUGAUAUCUCGCUUAAUGGAACGCUUCUGUUUCACACAACGAAUCUGAAUGCCUUUGUCCUCUAGCCUCCCACGCAGGCGUUUUUAGGGAAGCUCGUUUUUCAUCCCUCCCCACAAUGAAAAACGAGCUCCCCUAAAAACGCCUGCGUGGGAGGCUAUUUGUCCUCCCGCUGUACGAAUUUGUCGAGUCAGAUCACUGAAAGAGAGAAAAUAUCAACUCCGGUUGCCUUUUUUGACGAUUCAUCGCUUUAGGUCCCUAUUUACGUCCCACCGAAGCCCACGUGGUUUCAACAGGGUCACUGGGACAGCGCUACAAAAGAUGUUUCCCUUUAGAAAGGAGGUUUUUGCCGACCAGCGGCCCGUUUCUCGAAAGUCCCGGAAACUUUUCGGGCCCGAAUGCAAAUUUUAAAAUCAAAACCUGUUGAAUAGUAGCUCAGUUCCGAGCCCACAAACCAGUUAGAAUUGCUUCGUGUAGUGAUAGCUUCAUUGUGUUAUUUUCACUGAAACUUUGAUCUUGAAUGCAAACACAACAAACACAAAACAGCUUUCCGGGCCGGAAAAGGUAUCGGGACUUUCGAGAAACAGGCUCCAGGUCAUCAUUUCAGUAGGACAAACUACAAAAGUUGUCGGGUAUACAUUAUGUUAACUAUUCAGAAUUUCUUUAGGUAUUAUAUUAAACGUUAGUUUCAGAGUCUUUGCGAACGCUAAAUUUCUUCUAGCGUCGAUCUGUCAUUGAUUACUUGCAGGUCACAUAACAUCUGAUAAUAAACUGUUAAGUGUUAAACGAAGCAUUAGGGCCAUUUAUACGAGGAAAAAUAAGACGCGUCUUAAAUAAGACGCGAACUGUACCAUUUAUACGAGCAUGUCUUAUCUAAUAAGACGCGUCUUAGCUAAGCCGCGUCUUAUUUUAGACGAAAUGUGCCGUUUAUACGGAAAGUUCGCGUCUUAUUUAAGACGCGUCUUACUUUUCCUCGUAUAAAUGGCCCUAUUAAGUUUUAAAUGUAACAACGGCGAUUUUAACGUUUUAGGUUUUACUGCCUGGACUUUGACAUUCCAAAUCUGGUGAUAAACAUCAGAGAACCAGAGCCUCUUACAAGAGAAGCAAAGAAUUGGGGGCGUCGCAGAAUCGCAGUAGAAGGUGAGACCGUGCCCACCUACCCCUCCCCUAAGCCAACAUUAACACUUAAUUCUCACUUAGGGCAAAAUGUUGGCUUAGGGGAGGGGUAGGUGGGCAGUUUCUCAGAACGUACAAUGAUCCCCGUAUGAUUAGGAUUUUUUACGGGGAUCAUUAAAUUAAAUAAUUUAAAUUUAAAUUUAAAUUAUAAUUAACUAAUUAAAAUAAUUAAAAUUAUAUUAGGCACUUAACUUGGAUGAGAGUAACCAGGAGUCAAUUCUAUAAACGUCAUUACAAGUCAAAGUGUAAUUUGCAAGUUUACCUAUUGUUUCAAACUCUAAAACAAUAGCUACAUUUGUACGGUACAGUUGUUAAAUUGUUGUUAUCGGCAGAAACGCCUUAAAUACGCCGAAUUGCACAAUGAAUCUCAACAACUUCAAGCCCUUCAACUUACCUGCGCUUCCCCCACAGAAUGCUAGUCUACAAUCGAAACUGCUGAACGGCAUUGUUUCUAUUUUAACUUUCCCUAAAUUACAUUUAGCGACAUUCAAGACGACCCUAGUCCACUUUAGGACUCUGACACGCAAUUUAGUCAAAUUCAGUCUUGGAUCUGGCCACAGAAUUGAGUUAAUUCUUAAAAUAACCUAUCAGAACAUAAUAACUAACUGUUAAAUCACGCGUUUGCAACGCUUUAGUGCUGAAACUUUCUUUUUAAUACCAUUCCACGUGAGUUUCGACUUAACAUUUUUUAUGUACAUUGUAACAAGGCUUUUACGGUUGUUUGUCAUUUUCUCAAUAGAUCCCUUUUCUACAAAGAGAAAUGUUGCUUCUUCCAUGAGCAGUGACAAAGGUUUGGCCUAUGGUUUUCUUUUCGGAAAAUAAGUUACGAUUUGUGUGAAGGUUAGGAGUGUAAUAAGUACAUGUAUAAUGUUGUAUCUUUAAUUUGUUGACUUAUUUUUCUAUUUUCAGCGUUCGAAUACUUUUUUGCUUGCUGGAAGAACAGUUAUUUUUAUUUUGGUUCGCUUCCAGGUUCCUCUCAAAAUAGUAAGUAAAAAUGAAUUUCAUUUUUUUAUUGAUACUCUUCAUGGAUUGUAUCCUCUUACGUUGGGGAGGGUUGUUGGCUACAUCUGAUUUCGUGCUGUAAUCGAAGAAGACAUGAAAGUGCACUGUUAAUGGUUUAAACUCUGUCUAUUUGUAUGUUCUCAUGGGAACUGUUACUUAAAAAAACUGCAGUAGAAAAAUAACAGGAAGCACCUAUUAUGGUAAGAACGACGUCUUCUGAUAAAUUAAAUUCUUGACAAUAGACGUAUGCUUCUGGUAAAACUCAAAGAAUGUUGUUAGGUUUUAAGGCUUUUGGUGGCUUUUCAAAAAAUAGGGACUGAGGUCCGUCACAUCUUUUGGUCGCGAGUGUUUGCCCGCGCUUUAUGCCGCUUGCUUUGUAGUAUUCUGUGAGUUCUGAUUGGCUCUUCGGAGUGACUGUGCUUGUUUUGAUUGGCUGCAAUGAUGUACUUGUACAUUCGCUGACGUCAUAGUUCUAGAUUUGUAAAAUGUUGCCCGCUACGAGACUUUUGGCGGGAACUGUUUCAUUGUAAGAUGUCAUAUGACCUCGAAGUAGCCAAUGACAGUGCGAGCUGUUGGGGAAAAAAAUUCCACCUAUGUAGGAGUAUGAACUCUUCUCUUUUUCUACAGACCCAGUUGCGGACUCUCCAAACACCAGUUCAAGCAAUUCCAAUAAGAAGAGUAACAAAAUGAAGCAGAAGACCGAUGCUUUGAUUGAAGAAGAGGCUAUUUUUGAGAUGGAUGACGUAGAUCAGGCAACAAACCAGCUGGAGUCAUUGGAGCUUCAAUCAAGUGAUAACAGUGUUAAGCCAAAAGGCUUUCAGUCUGAGAAACCGACUGAGGAAGAUUCCCCCAACGUAAAAAGCAAAACUGAUGACAGUGUUUCAGACGAGGAGGUUGAGAUCACUUUGAGUGAAUCUGACAACGGUGAAGCCAGUGAGUCAAAAAUCAAGAGUGCAGAGGGUAACGAAGGACAUGUUGAUUCAGAAAAGCGAGACUCUUUGAAUACAGAAUCAGGCAACAAAACAGCCGUUGUUGAUGUGCCGCCGGACAUUGAGUUCAGGUACUAAUACGUUUUACUGUACCUAUCCGUACUUUAUUUCCGUAGUUUUAAGAAAUGAAGGUACAAAAUUGUACAAAAGUGUCCGAGACAAAAGGGACCCAGAUAAAAAGUCCAUCACCAAGAACGAGCAAUUCGCACUUUCACCAGCAGUGGGUGGGGAAGAGGAGUGAAAGGCUAGUUUUGUUUAACCUCCCAACCCCCUCCAUCCCUCCUCAUAGUAAGUAAAGGAAUGAUCACAUAAAGCUUGCCUUGCUGAAAUGAUAACAAAUCCAAGAAUCAUUUCAACCGAGUAUUUCGUCUUGAUAAAACGCGGACUCCGAGCUUAUUUAGAGGCUUCAAAGAAUUUUCUCUAGAUAUAACACUGAUUAUAUCUCGAGAAAAGUUUUUGAAGCUUAUACAUGAUAUCGCAAUCCGCGUUUUAUGGAAUCGAAAUACUCGGUUGCGUUUCGUUUUUAAACUUGACGAAACACUCCUGGUGGUUUAUUAAACUGGACAAAAAUUCAGGGUUCGCUUGAACAUUAAAAGUCCUUGAAUUUCAAAUAAUAAUUCAAGGCCUUAAAGGUUCUCAAAAAUUACUGUUGGUCCUGGAAAGUCCUGGAAAUUGUUCUGUGGCUACCUUUAUCGAACCCAGAUUCCCAAGUGCCUAGUGUGAAACGAACAAAAACUGUUAUUACUGGAGUUACUUUGCAAUGUAUGCGGUCCUUGAAAAUGGGAAUAAUGUCCUUGACCGUUUUUUAAAAUUCUUGGUUCAAAAAUGGUUACGAACUCUGUAAAAUGUUAUUGUUGUUAUGAGAUUCUCACAAAAAUGUUCACCGUAUGUUCAGGUUCGAUGCUCAGGUUUUUAAGGGUAAGAGUCGCCCAGUGAGGACCUGUUGUUUCUGUAAAGAGGAUGGCCACAUCAAGACGCAGUGUCCUGAUCUGAGAAAACCUCCCCUGAGACCCCUGCCGCCUAUGACUCAACAGUUUGGUGAUGUGCUUGAAUUCGCUUGCAGGACAUGCAGAAGUAAGCAUUCAUUUUAGAGAGAUUUACUUACGGUCACACUUACGGCAAACGGCAGAUGCAAGUUAAAAAUUUCUCAAAAUAGCAAAUGACAAAAAACACUCCAACAUAAUUCUUAUGGAUGAAAAUAACGUAAAACAACCAAUGUUUGUGGUCGACAAGAGGAGCCCGCAAUCCUAAUUUCUAGGUUGUCAUUACGCAUGCGUUGCAUGUAUGUAGCCAGCAUUCGUUUGGACUUCACUAAGAAUGAAUGGAAUGCACAGAACGCAAUUGAUCACGCGCGUUUGGACCUUCUAUCACUCGUAAUCUGAUCACGCAUGUUUUGACCGUCUGUUACGUGAAACUUACGCAAAGCACAGCGUUGGAGCAUAAGCGUUUUGACCUUCGAUCGUUGUCGCCCGCACUCCGUAACCUUUGGUUAUUACUACUUUUAGGAGUAAAGAACAGUUAAAGACAUGUGAAGGAAAACUUGGUCUCGUAGUACAAAUUCACGUUUGCCGUUUGGCGUGAACGUGACACGCCCAUCCCGCGGAUGUGGUACCCCCUCCCCCACCCCAUCCUGGUCAUUUUUGUGUGGACGGGGGCAGAAAUGAUCCAGCUGGUCUUCACCCUUUCUUUGGAGUGGAGGGGGUGGGGGGGGCGGGGGGGGGGCGGGUGAGGGGAGUAUUUGGGUUUUAUCUUGAGACUAGACAUGGCAUCAUCCAUUUUCCCCAACAUUUUUGUCCAAGAUUGUAGACUAAGUUAUGGAACAAAUUGUUUUGAUUAUCACUUUCAUUACAAAAAUCUCCCCUAGUUAAGUCAAAGGGUCAAUGUAGUUACCACUUAGCACCACAUCGAAAUCACUAUUUUUUGUCUUUUGUCGAAGACCGGAUCGCUUAAUGACUAGCUUAUGUUUCUUUAGUUUACUUUUUCCUCUUAUGUUUUGUUUCAAUAGUUUUCAGUGGAAAAUAAUUAUUGCAACAGCACUCCGUUGUUACCGUUGUGUUUUCAACGCGUUUCCUUUGUUGCAGAUGAUUUCGAAUUCGACAGGUUGGAAGUCGGGUACAGAGAGAAGGUUUUGAGAAAUCUCGAGGAAUACAUCCACGAAAUCUUUCCAGGUAGGUCGUCAAGUAAAGGACGUGCUUUUUCGGUGAAACAUCUGUAUGAGUAAGGGGGAGGGGGAAAGGAGCGGUACGCUGACAAUAGGGACUUGAAGAUUCAACGACGCGACCGCAACAAGAACGUCUAAAAAACAGUAGGUUAAAUGUUUGCAAAACAACAACUUUGUUCGUGCAUCACGCUUUAUAGUACAUUUCUUUGCCGUUUUUUACACGACCACGACGUGAAAAUGUCUAUUUUCGUCUUUUUAUGGAGAACGGAAACAAGUAAUAACGAAAUUUUAUUUCGCUUUCUGAACUUGAAUAUGGUCCCUUAAGUCAAAUUCAAAUUCCGGAGGGUUCGCCUACAUUUGACGAAGUAAGUAAGUAGGAAUAAUCGCGAUAAAGACGGAAAGAACGCAAAUUCAUUUUUUAAACAACGUUCUCGUUGCUGUCGCAUCGUUGGAUCUUAAAGUCCCCAAUGGUUAAAGAACGCGGUGCCAGUUUUCCUCCCUCGCAGCCAGUGGCUGAAUAAUGGAGCUUGACGCGAUUCAGGUAGAACCUCCUUUUCAACUGUUCCUCGAUCAAGACGAAGACAAGAAGACUCUGCUCGCAGGUUGCCACGUCCUCUACUCUUUUGCGAACUAUAUCACGAGUUCUUUUAGGUCGCUUUGUAACAGAUAUAUAAGGAUGAAUAGGAAAGAGCUUUUUUGUUUAAAUAUAUAUUUUCCCGGUGAUAAAUUGACUUUUAAUUAUCAAUUCAGUUCAAUUAUUGUAUUUUAAAAAAGACACGCUCGGACAUCUCAAUUUAGUCAUAUCUCCUCGCGUGAACGUUGUAAAUCUUCGAUUUAAGUGAUAACUGUUGAUUCGAUAUUAGGUUUUACCUUGAAGUCGAACGCAGAAUUUAUUGGGAGAGGUUGUGCUCGAAAAACGACACAAUUUCUUACAUUAAAUGAAAAUUAAUGUUUUACCAUCUUCAUUUAGGUGCAAGACUUUUCUUGUUUGGCUCUUCGAAGAAUGGUUUUGGCUUUCGGAACAGCGACAUUGACAUCUGCAUGACCUUAGAUGAUAUGGCGAAAGAGGAGGUGAAUAACUCUGUCUACUGCUGUUUUGUUGUCGGUUGUUUGAUUUCUACUUAGCCUUACACUUAGCCUUAACAUUGCCUCGAUUUUGUCUUACAUGUACUCCUUGAAACCCCGUGAAAUUCGUCCUUGAAUUCUCGGUCCAUUAAAGGAGAAAAGUGCUGUAAAAAUCUUAAUACUCGAGUGAGUGUAAGAGAGGAUUUAUAAAUGAAACCCCUAAACUAAUUGAUCCCACUUGUUGUGCGUGAGUUUAGAAAGCCCUUUCAACAGAGGCUACUUACGAAUCAUGUUUGAAUCACAGAGAUUUUUUUUCAUUGCAGGUUGAUGCUGUCGAAGUAAUCAAAAAACUUGCCAAGCUCUUAAAGAAGCACAAAGACUGUGCCAACGUGUUGGCUAUAACUACCGCCAAAGUUCCCAUCGUGAAGUUUUACCUCCGUAGCUGCAAACGCGAAGCUGAUAUCAGUCUUUAUAAUACUCUUGCGCUGGAGAAUACUGCCAUGUUGGCAACGUAUGCCAAACUGGAUGAUCGAGUUGCUACUUUGGGUUACACUGUCAAGGUAUUUGCAAAGGUAAGGUUAUUGCUUUCGACGUAAGGAGAACGCAAUUCGUAAUCUUAAUAAUCCUGUUGUAGUUUGUCAUGCUGUGGUACUCAGGGGUGACCGUAAAAUUCCGAAAGUAAACACUGCCUCCGUGAAAGUAAGGUCAAUCGUUAGAAGUUGCCAGCAAAGUUUUGGACGAACGCCUAGCAGGCCGCUUGUGUAAGAGAAGGUCGCCAGUCGUUGUGUAAAGUUAUUGUAAGUCUUCUGUUAAGUCCCCCCCUCUCUUUUUCAGGAGAAGAAAGUUAUGAAGCCUUCCUCCCGCCUCCCCCCCCCUUACCACCACCACUACCACCUUUGACACUUCAUGUCAACUGAUCCGGUGUGGUUUAUUCAUGUAGAAGUUCGGAUUUGUUUUUGAUCUUCGGCUGCAUGAUCUCAAUGCCAAUAAAAAACGUCGUUGAAAAACAGUCUUCACACACUAUUGUACUUUUUCGCGAUUAUCCCAAGUCACCCAGUCACUUAAAAGGAGGGAAAUCAGGUUAGAGCUGAAGUGAGGUGACCGCGUCCGAGGUCAAACAGAGAUAGUUAAUUUUAUCGCCUUGCCGUUCCAUUUGUUGUUUUGCUUUUUAACCCUAUUGCUUUUUUGACAUUCCCGGUGCCUUCGCCGUCCUAGUUUCUUCGGAUCAUUUUACGUUUCUGGGAAACUGCCCACCUAUCCUUCCCCUAAGGCAACAUUUUGCCCUAAGAAAGAACUAAGUGUUAAUGUUGGUUUAGGGGAGGGGUAGGUGGGCAGUUUCACAGAAACGUAAAAUGAUCCGUUUCUUCAAGUCCCUAAUGAAGCUGAAUUACCUAACGUUUUGUCCGUCUAUUUUGUGUUUAGGUGUGUGAUAUUGGAGACGCGUCCAAGGGAAGCUUGUCAUCUUACGCUUACAUCCUCAUGUUGCUGCAUUAUCUACAGCAGUGCAACCCGCCUGUUAUUCCAGUCCUUCAGAACCUGUAUACAGAUAACAAAAAACCAGAGAAGAUCAUUGAUGGAUGGAACUGCUGGUUUUGUAAGGACCCGAAAAAGAUUGUAUGUGUACUUGCCCUUUGGCUUUUUCAUCUCUCAGGCUGUUCCAAAUUUGCUGUCCAAAUGCAAUAUUUACAGAGAACGUGGCGCCAAGAUAAAACUUACUUUAAAAUCCAACCGAAGCGUUUGUAUCUACAGUAUUGAAAUCCGCUACGAUUGCCUGGUCUCGCUAAAAGUUACCAUUAAUACCAUGAGCCAUUUUGGGGGUUGGCUAUGAGGCUGGUUCGGUGUUAUGUUGGAUUGCAGUAUGAGAUUGUUUUGUGGGCGGCAAUUGUGACGUAGUUUCCUGCGCAACCUCUUAACAGCCAAUAAAAGAAGCGAUAGCUUCCCUAAUACAGUCCCACAGUACAAUUCGACACAACGCCGACCCUGUCUCGCGCGAAACCUCAAAAUGGCAGACAUUAUUCGAACCCUCGAACCCAUGACCUCCCUAACACCGGCCGGCGGGCGCUCUAUCCACUUAGCUAGGGAGAGACUUGUGGAGAGCAAGGCCAUACACUAGGCUCAUAUUUGACCGACGCUCCCAAGUUUGUCUGUGUUGUUUUGAACAAAAUUUGCUCAAAACCCAUUAGUAAUGAGUUACUCACACGUUGGAAAAUGCGUUCUUGGCUUCUUGCUUUUCAAAGACCUUGUUUUGAAUCUUCGAAUUGCUUUCAUAAUGCUAGCGUAGUUUACUCUAGAACGUGGGAAAAUUUCGUUAUCCUGAUAAUGUGAACCACCGAAAAACAUUUGAAAUAAUGUAAAAAGGCCACACAAACAGGCUUGAUGAUAGACGGGAAGACACGAAUUACCACUUAACUGUGUAAUAACUUGGAGUGACACUUAAGGUGAUCUUAUCAUGCACUCUUGUUUCAUUCACAGCUCACAUUGUUGACCCUUCAUAUAUGCUCACACGAAGGGAAAUUGGAAUAUGUUUAUGUUAUGUGCUGUUGUUUUGUUUCUUAGAAAACCCUUUGGAAUCAGAAGCAAGCGAAUCCAUAUAGCGCAGGGAUGCUGUGGUAUGGCUUUUUGAGGUACUACACUGAAAAGUUUGACUUCGAACAUGACGUGGUUUGUUGCAGAAGAACAAAAAAGCUGACGAAAUUCGAAAAGAUGUGGACAAAACAUGUGUUUGCUAUUGAGGGUAAUUUCCUUCCACUGUUCUUUUUUUUUAACCAUUUGCUGUUUAAGAGUGCUAAGCCAGAAAUAAGAAAAGACAAUAUAUGAAUAAGCGAUUUGUCUCGCGCUGAUUGGUCGAGAGCUAUGGUUGAUAAGGGUACAGACCUUUCAAAUAACGCGAUGUUGCGCAAUUUGUGUAGUUCCAGGUUGCAGAUUCUAAAACGGCACCGCAAAAAGUUAUCGCGGUCGCUUACGAGAGGUGUUUCCAACUGCAGGCAUUUGGCUGGGACAAUUUUGGUGUUUGGAUAGGUGGUCGCUUACGGGAGGUGGUUUUGGCGUGUUUUUACUUAUGUUUUUAUACAACUUAUUUCGCAGAUCCCUUUAACUUAGAUCAUAACUUGGGUGCAGGAGUGACAAGAAAGAUGGCCAGCUACAUCAUUAGUACCUUCAUUAGAGGACGUGAACGAUUUGGAUUUCCACGGUACGACAUACCCCCACAACUCUGCCAGCGGUUCUUCUUUGACGUGUACUUCUUAACUGAUGGUUACGAAGCUCCAACAGACCGCAACUGUCGGGUUUGUGGCAAGAUAGGACACAUCGCUAAAGACUGCCCACGUUCCAAAUCUAACCGAAGAGCUGAAGAGAAGAAAGAGGAAGAGGAACGAGAGGUAGCUAAGGAAAAUGGCCAAAUACCCGACAUAAGCAGAAAACCUUUUAACGCCGGCCCUGCUCGUCCAAGAUCUGCAUCGGUCCCCGACAAACAGGAGCAGAAAAGGGGGAAUGAAAUUAGCGCAUCGCUGCCUGUAUCACAACAAAAUAACAUUCCAGCCCGCCAAGAAGUGAGUGGUCAAAGCUCAUCCAGAUCUCAACCCGACACAAACUCUAUUACAGCAGCUCUGACUCAAAACCAUGAGGUAAAACGUAACGAGAACAGUAUAGCGAAUAGCCCUGAUAUGCCUCCAUCGCAUGUCCAAAGCCCACAGACAAGUGUGGUCAACAAGAAUGGAUCAGUAACUGACCUUGAAAGCGACACGAUGGAUGCGAAUAGCACUCACGCACAGGCACCAUCACCAAAGGAUCUAUCUGCUAAUGUAGCAACUGAUAUUAUCCCAGGAAGCGUAAGCCAGGGUCCUCAUGCUACAGGUGCAGGAUCAAAUAACGGGUUGGGUGGAAGAAUGUCACCUCAAGUUAGCGAAUCGCCAUCUGAAAUACCCGACGGACAACCCUUGAUUAUGAACACUCCACCUCCAAACCAGCCAUUUAUGUUCCAUCCCCAGACUGGUCAUAUUGUAGGUUCUCCAAGUCAAUAUGAAAUGUGGCUGAGGCACCAUGAAUUGAUGGCAAUUACUCAGCCUUUCUCGCCUCCUAUCAGACCACUUGUCCCUUACCCGCUGACACCCGAGGCACAGACACAAGGGCAACACUGGAAUAUUGUAUCUGAAAACGUACCCAUGCAACACCUUGGGUCACCGAUUCGUGGACAACAACAUCGUGCUGUGCCUAAUGAGCAUCUUGUAUCUCAUAGCCCGCCAAAUAUUUCUAGAAACGUGAUGUGGCCCGCAGGAAUACACAGCCCACCUCAUGCGGCCAGGGGGCACCAGUAUCAGGAACAACAGCUUCCGUUUCCUCGUGUACGCGCCCCUGGUCUGCCAAUACCAGUGACAGGAUCGCCGCCGCAUCCUCGACUUUCUUACGCCAGUCCGCCUGGUGUACCAGUGUCUCCCCAACAGAUUGGCCAACAUUUUCAAAUGACUAACUCGCCUGGCAUGUCCCCCCCUGUCUAUGGAUCACCGCCCCAGCACGCGCUGCAACACUCUGUACCUCGUCAGGAGCGUCUUUCACAUCCCCCCAUGGGAACCCACAUGGUCAGUUCGCCGUAUUGGCCAUUCUGGUUUUUUACUUCUAAGUGAUUGUUGUUCUUUUUGUGUGCCAGUAGAUCAAUCGUACGGUAAAGAGGAUAGGGAUUUCAUAAACAAAUAAGUUAUUUUCUCUUGCGCAAUCUUGUAGGCCACGAUUUAGACAGGUACGCGACAAACUAAAGAGAAAACUCGUGGGCUAGAUCUUGGUUUUCGAAUGGUAUCUGGGCUUUUUGGCAAAACAUAGACUGGGUGGCAUGCUUUCCAUUCAGUUUGUCUCAUGAAGAUCUUUUCUUUUUUUCACAACUUUAUUACACUAGGUUCUUGGUCUUAUAGGAUUUUAUUAACCAGGGUGAAGACAAAACGUCCUUUGGCGAAACAUAAUUACUUAGUUUCGUUUUGUUCAAAGCUUUUGCUCUAACUUAUUAUUAAGAACUGUGCGGCUAACAUGGCGUGCUGGGUGUUUAGACAGGGGAGCAGUUUAUGGACUUCAUGAGGAAGGUUGAAGACGAAUCGAAGAAACAAGAAAGCGCUCUGGCGACGAAAGUUUCUUCAAAUGAGGUUGAGGUAUGUAUUUGUGACCUUAUUUUAGUAAUCAAGUUAAUCAGCGAGAAAAUGCUAUUGUCAUCUGGUCAGACUAUUGUGAUAAAGCUCUUAAGUUCUGCAUGAAAACUUCCCCUUCUUUUCCUAACACUAUCAAAUCGUGAAUGUCUGUUUUGAAGUAGCACUUUAUUAUCCAGAAGACGUGAGCAGUAAUCAAAUUUUGAAAGGGCGUUUUAUGGAUUUGCCUGGUCAGUAUAUUUCAAACACGUCAUUUCCAUGCUUUUUUAACCCAUUCUUUUCUGAUACUCCCCAAACGUUCGCUAAUAUUCAGUGUGUGAAAUACUGAAAAUAAAUUGCACCUUGCAAGAAAGGUGAUAAACAAUUUCCAUUCAAGUGUUACCACCAUAGACUUCAAGAGACUCAAGAGGCAAAACUUUGCGCGAUUUUUUUGUGAGUGAAAGUUUUGAAAGUUUACAUUCAUUGCAUCCAGCGAAGUGGUGCCUAUUUCAGUCGGUGUCGAUUGUAGCAAACUGUCUAUGGACAAUUAUCAACGCCUCUGUUUUUGAGAGGUUCUCUGUGGUCACUAUAGUCUUUUAUAUUUCUGAUUCCUUGCCUUUUAUAUUUGUCAGCAUAAAGAGCUCAAAACUGUCGCUCCAAAGGACCUCAAAAUAGCUGAAACUCCAGAGGAACACAAAUUGUUAUCUAAGCUCAACCAAGUUAAAAGCCUUUGGGAAGAGGGUUUCUCGCUUGCACCAGAAAGAACCUGUCCCAAUCCAGAGCCCACGGUUAAUGGCCACUUAAAGGAACAAAGUGACGUGGGUAGUUCUACUGGUGAAAUACAAUUACCAGCGAAAAGGGAGGCCUGGGGGCCUGUUCCUGACACGCACGAGGGAAGUGAUGAAAUCAAGUUAGUUGACGCGGAUCAGAAAGAGAAAGAAACAGUAGCAUCAGAUGGGAAAAUGCAAGCAACUUCAUCUCCAAGUGACGAACCUUCUGAAGAAACCAACGUAAAGCACCAAACGACUGGAACAACACCUGAAGAAUUGCCAACGCGUAAGCCAAAUAGGCGCGGAGGUCGUGGAAGAAAACCCAAAGGUUCUAGGUACAUUGAGAGGGACACAAAUGCUGUACAGAAGCUGGAGGAGAAAUUUCUGGAAGAUGAGCAAAUUGCAACAAAAGGUAACAGACAAAGUGGCCAUGAUGAACAAAAAUAUGACGACGUUGCAGUGGGAACGUCACCACAAAAGGCAAGAAGUGGAGUGAAAAAUAAAGAACAGAAAAUUGUUGAGGGGAGUAGCGAGUCAGGGACGCAGCAUAAAAAGAAAUCCCCCAGUAGUGCUAAGGAUAGGGAUAAGGGGCAACCGGAGAUAACCCACCAGGAAGCUCGAACAGCAGAACGACAUAACGCCCCCAGAAAUUCUACUGAAGGUUUAAAAGGGGCAGUGCCAAAAAAGAAGAAUGCAAGUAGUCCAAAGGAUGAGCAGAAAAAAGGACAGCAGAAGAGCCGGAAAGGUAAGCGGACGAGGGAUUCCGGUAAUCCACAUGAUAGUGCUGGCGAGGAGGUUGAAGAUGGAGCUUUUAAACGAAAGAGUGCUCAAUCAAGUGAAAGAAAUGGGGUUAAAAAAGGAUCAGGUGGAAGCUCACAAGAUGCACGAAGAGCGGAUUUCGGAGAUUCCACUGGAAAUCCCAGUAAGGGAAUUACAGAUGCAACUUCCUGUCAAAAGGAUUCUCUAACAAGUACAAAGGGUGGGGGCAAAGUAGGAUCAGAGGUGAACGCACAAGCUGUACAAUCGGCAGAUUCCCGUAAUCCUCAUGGACAUUCUAUCAAGAAUGGAGGAGAUGGCGCUUCUAACCGAAAGGGUCCUCCAACAAGUACAAAGAAUGGGGGCAAAAAAGAACCAGAAGGGAGCUCUCAAGGUGCACGAUCCGAGGAUUCCAGUGAUUCCCUCGGAGGUCCUCACAAACUAAAAGGAGGUAAAGGCGGAUCUCCUAAACAAAAAGGACCCCCAACGAGUACAAAGAAUGGGGACAAAAAAGGAUUGGAGAGGAGCUCACAAGAUUCACGGAAGGCAGAUUCCGCUGAUUCCCCCGGAAGUCCUGUCAAGGGGGAUACAGGUGGAUCUGCCAAGCAAAAGGAUUCUUCAACAAGUAAAAACGAUAGAGAGAACAAAGGAUCAGAGAGAGGCUCGGAAAGUGUACGAACCGCCAAUUCCGGGGACUCCUCUGGAAGUUUAAGCAAGGGAGCUAAAGGUGAAUCUCCUGACCAGAAAAGGUCUCCAUCAAACACAAACGACAGGCAGAAAAAAGGACCAGAACCUGCAGAAACUUUUGGUAAUUCUUCAAGAGAUUCUAGCAAAGGUGGUAGAGGGGGAGCUUCAAACAGGCGACGGAGAAGACAACACUCCCGUGCCAAUAGUGAAGGAAAGGGUGGCGAAAAAAGGGACCCGAGGAGCCGAAGCAAUAGUGAACCGGACAGACAUCCUUUUAAAAAUUCUUGAACUCUUCAACGAUGGACAGGGCGCUCACCUGUGAAGAGUACUUGAUACUUCACAAAUGCAAAUCGUGGUUUAACUAGACCAACUAUGGAUCCUUUUUCAGGAUGCAAAGAAAGUAAUGCUGCUGUAGUGUAGUUAAUAUACUUCUCUAACUUGUAUGUUUUGUUGGUCAUCUGAUGAUAUUCCAGAGAACAUUUUCGUUCAACUUUUCUGAUUUAUGAAACGACAAAGGGCGAAUUCCCUCGAGACCUACGUUGAGAAACAAACCAUACAACUUAAAGAGGUCAAUUUAUCCAGAGCACCAGACAUAAGCAACUUCCAUUAAAAUCCUGACGUAAAGUAAUUAAAAAACAAGUGGUGCCUAGCAAUGGAAAACAGUAACAGAGAAGUUGAAAUUGUCACACCAUAGGCUUUUGUCCACUGACACAAACAUUCGACCUACGUUUCACGUGCACUGGACGGGUUAAUGUUCAAUAGACUUUACCUGCCCCGUUCCACAGGACAUAUUCAGGGCAAAAUGAAUUGACCAAAAACAUUUGUCCCCAAAAAGAUAAAACUGCUUCAUGUGACAAACGAACAGCUGUAUGGUUCUUAACUCAUUGCGUCGUGUCUGUAGCACCCAGUUCUCGGUUGUUAGAUACCUAAAACAUUCUUUCAAAUGUGCGGUGAAAUAUGGAUUGUGUCAACCGAUAUCCAAGCAACAAGAAGUGAUAUAUACGAGAAGGAGUGUUUCAUCUGAUAUCCCAACACCGAAAGAGUGUUAUAUCAAACACGGGAGGGAAUGUUUCUUAUCAAAUCCAAACAUUGAAAGAGUGAUACAUAAACACGAGAAAGCGUGUUUCUUAUGAUAUUCAAACACCGAGAAAGUGAUAUAUCACACAUCAGAAUGAGUGUUUUAUCUGAUUUUCAAACACAGAAAGAGUGAGAUAUCAAACGUGAGAAGGAGUUUUUCUUAUCAUAUCAAAACACUGAAAGAGUGUUAUAUCACACACGAGAAAAAGUGUUUGUUAUGAUCUUCAAACACCGAGAAAGUGAUAUAUCACACAUCAGAAUGAGUGUUUUAUCUGAUUUUCCAACACUAAAAAGUGCUAAGUCAAAUACGAUUUAAAUCAUUUUUUUCCAAUUGUCGCGUGAUUCUUUUGUGAUCAAAUUCACCUAAACAUCUGCUUGCAGUACACCCGUACUCACAAUAUUCUGGGACAUACCUAAUGUUUUACCGCAGAUUAUUUCAUACUAUGUACUAGGACGUCAUAACUUUAGAAUCAAACAUACAAUCGAUCGGACCAGAAAUCGAAAGUCAGUACGUAAUUCGUAGUUCUUAAGGGUAACUAAGACUCUUUUUAGGUUGCUUCAUUCUAUUUCAGCUACCAGAAUCCCUUAGCUCCGCGGUUUUGCUUCAAAUUGGAGCUGCUGUCAGCCCAGUUUCUUGAUGUUAUCGGUUUACGUAAGCCUGGACACUAUGUCCUGGUGGCGUCUGAUCACCGACCAACACCCACUCUUUUUCACGAGGACGUGGCUUUGGUUUGAGAUGGACAGAGAAACUACACUUGUUAAACCCCGCUAAAAUCACAAAUAUCAAUUUUACUUUUUACUCAGUGUCUUAAGCCCGUCCGUAAACAAGUAAUAAUUAUUUUUCUUCGUUUUGACGAGAUUGUUUUAAAAGUUUGGUAGCUCUCAUAUGUAACAGUGUCGUUGGGUAAAACUAGACUUAAUAUUUGGAAACUCCAUACUUCUCUGUAGUACAUAAUAGACUGGUGUAUUAAACCCUGUUACAGUAAUUUAUAAUUCUUGAAUAAACACUCAACUGUUUCGUUCUGUUU